CCAGCGUGAGGAGGUGUUAGUUGAGCGGUCUCCUCCUUUAUUUAAAUCCCUUGUGUGUUCCAAACAGCCACAGAUAUGUUGGUCUUUAGGAGAGAGAACAUCCAUUUGCUGUUAAGGUAGCCUGACACGUUUUCCUCAUCGUUGGAGCGAUCAGACCUUCCUGUUACACUUUGUCUUGACCAUUACUCUAAAAAGAGUUACAGUUUUUUGCUGUGAGAUCCAUGUGGGUGGCGGACAAGAUUCACAUGUCACUGGACAGAUGUAACCUUCCCAUCCCAUCAGCAGAAUUCUGCUUCAAAAUCGUUGACACAAUGUUUGGUGGAAAAGCGGAGAAACAAAAAAGGAUCUCCCUCUGCCCUAAUGUCAUUACUCCAGACAAUAUUCCAGAGUUCUGCAUCCCUCCAAUGAUCCCAUCUCUGCAGAACACAGAGCAUAGUCAUGUGGCUCGUGUGAUCAGGAUUUCUGACCCUGAACUGGAGCUGUCACACCAGGAGCCCCUCAGCCGGCACAUCAUUCAGGUGGAGAGUGUGGAUGACGGCUUCAGCGAUGAAGAAUCCACCAACGCGGAUCCCCAGAGCCAGGCCGCCCUGUCCCUCCCACACCUGCCCAAAGCCCAGACGUGCUACGGCUUUUGCACUUUACUGGAGAGCCCCCACACCAGGAGGAAGGAGUCGCUCUUCCAUGCCGAGCCCGGUGCCUCUCCCCUGCUGUUGCCCAGGAGUCGAUCCAACAUGUGCUCCAGAGUCUCUCCCUCCACCUCGCCCUCCUCCUCUCGUUCCUCCUUCAGCCUUAGCACCAUCACUUCCAAGCUGUCUCCGAGAAGCUACAGCUUAAACUGGCACUGCCCGCUCGACAGCGAAACGUCUUCUGCCGAGUCUUCACCUUCACCUUCACCUUUACUAACCAGGUGUCCCGCCAAGUCAUCCCUGUUCAAAGCACUGAGCCAUGAACUGCUGCUGUCCAAGAACCUGAGGAAGGCGAUGGUGUCCAGGAAUAACUCGCUGUCCACGGAUGAAGGCAGCUCCACAGACAAUAGCCCUAAUAUUAUGAGGCGGGCAUCUGAUGGGUUAGGGGAAGGCCUGCCUAGCAGUUACACCCUGGCACUGCCAACUGUCUUCCCUAUGGACUUGACUCUGCACAGAGAGAGAGUAAUGAAGGAAAGAAUGGCACCGAUAGGGAAAGAUGGCAGCCUGAGACUCUCGGCAGAGUACUGUUCUGAUAAUCAACAGCUACGGGUUCGGCUUAUCAGUGCUGAGGGCCUCUAUCCUCUCUCUGUGGACCCCAAGAUUAUCAACUGCAGUGUCAGCAUCUCGCUCAUUCCUGGAAAAGUCCAGAAGCAACGCAGCACAGUUAUCAAAAAGAGCCGUAAUCCCAUCUUCAAUGAGGAUUUCUUCUUUGAUAGUAUCUCUGAGGAAGACCUUAGUCAGCGGUCGCUUCGCUUGAAAGUUGUGAACAAAAUGUCCACUCUGAAAAGAGACUAUGUCCUGGGUGACUGUGAUUUGCCUCUGUCUAGCAUUGUGACAUAAUCUGUACACUUCUCCAUCUGAUAGAUUUCUGUAUUAUUUCAUGUACCAUUUAUUUUUAUUUUUGGAUUGUACAAAAAAAAAAAAAAAAAAAAAAGAUUUAUCAUUAAAUUAUGAUGAACAUU